AUGGACGAUGAAAAAAAGAAGAAGAAAGGCAAUAAAAUAGACUUAAAUCUCUUACCUUCCUCAAUGAAAGAACGCUAUGCUGCAAUGGGAAUAUUACCCAAAGCUUAAAUUCCAAAAUCAAAUCUCUAAGUCGAUGUACAAAGAAUGAAACAGAAAAAAGUUGAAAAAGAGUAACCAAUUGAACAAAAAUUAGAAGGUAUAGAAAUCAAAGCAAGUGAAAAGAAGUAGUUAGAAAAGUAUUCUUAUUGUUAUUUUUAGAGUAUUCUAGAUGCUUAAAAAAAAAGAUGUUGAUUACUUUGAUGCUAAAGAUAUUGAUAAAAUGCUUAAAUUUUUAGGUGUUUCACUUACCAAGUCUGAAAUUGAUCUUAUGUUAUGGGUAAACUACACUAUUAAUAAUGAAACUAGGAAGUUGAUGAAAAUCUUGAUGGAAGAGUAAGUUGGACUGAAUUUUUGAAUAUGUACAAAAAAUGUACAAUCGACAAGACAGGCCUAGAACCAAAAAGUUUGUUUCAUAUGAUUUAAUUCUUAAUGUACUUACCCCCAGAUAGGAAGGAUCCAAAAGUAACAGUCGAAGUAGAAAUACUAACUUAUAAAAAUAGGACACUUUGGAACUCUUAUAUGUUCGAUUUGGUAGGUAAUGUUUGGAUUCUGAAAUUCAUGCAAUUUUUGGAGAUGAGGAGAAAAAUAAAGAUGGUGAAGAGAAGGCUAUUUCAUUUAGUGAAUAUAUGGAGAAAAUUAAUGAGAGAGCAAUUCAAUAAAGAAAGCUGAGAAAGGAGGAAUAAAAACAAUAAUUUUAAUACUUCAAAAAAGAAAAGUAAAUGGAGUGA